CGUCUUCGCCCUCGCCGCAGUUCACCUCCCCACCGGUCCCAAACACGCCUACACCCCGACUUCCUUUUGCGCCCCGCGGGUCUUCCGGCCGGGCUCCUUUGUAAUUGGCUGGCUAGGAGCUUCCUCGGGACUCGGCCAUUCGGAGGGCGCGACAGCGGCCCCUCUAGUCUCCGCCCCGAGGUCUGGCCUCGCUCUUCGGACUGCGAACUCUCCAUGCUAUUGGCGACGACAUGUGGCGCCUCCCGGGACUCCUGGGCAGAGCUCUUCCCCGUCUGCUGGGACCCGGCUUCCGCGGGCUGACUCCAAAGUCCACCAACCCAGAUGGGCCUCAGGCUGCCCCCGCCACUCUGCUGGUCCCUGUCCCCAGCUUUGACAGGUCAGGCCCCCAUGGCCGAGGCCCAGGCCCAAACAGAGGCCCAAAGUCCCAUGGAUGGAAGGAUGCCUUCCAGUGGAUGUCUGCCCGUGUCUCCCCAAACACCUUGUGGGAUGCCAUUUCAUGGGGCACUCUGGCCGUGCUGGCCCUGCACUUGGCAAGGCAGAUCCACUUCCAGUCGUCCCUGCCAGCGGGACCUCGGCAAGCAGAGCACUGCUCUUGGCGCAGACCCCUGGACCAUUUCCUCUCGUCUCCCUUGUGGCAUCCGCGCUCCUCCCUUUGCAGGCACGUUCUCCCCAGCGCUCAUGGCCCAGCUCCCAGACACACUGGCCUCGGGGAACCCAGGCUAGGCCAGGAAGAACCCCCGACUCAGCCCAAGAACCUCUCUUCACACAGCUCUUUGAGGGCAUCUGGUCUUCAGGAUCUCACUGAAGAAGAUCCUGGUGAUCUCAGCUUCCUGCAUGCCAGCAGCAGCUUCAGUUCCAGGGCAAAGCCAGACCAGCCUCAGUCCACCGGUCAAAAGCAGGAACAAGAUAAAUCAAAAACUCUUCCCCUCGAGGAGGCUGUGACUUCUAUUCAGCAGCUCUUCCAGCUCAGCGUUUCCAUUGCUUUCAACUUCCUGGGGACAGAAAACAUGAGGAAUGGGAACUACAUGGCGGCCUUUUCUUACUUCCAGAAAGCAGCAGACCGUGGCUACAGCAAAGCACAGUACAAUGUGGGCUUGUGUCACGAGCAUGGCAGAGGCACCCCCAGGGACCUUGGCAAGGCAGUCCUUUCUUACCAGCUGGCUGCCAGCCAGGGCCACCGCCUGGCUCAGUACCGCUACGCCAGGUGCCUGCUGCAAGGCCCAGCCUCCACAUGGGGCCCUGAGCGCCAGAGGGCGGUGUCCAUGCUGAAGCAGGCUGCACACUCGGGCUUGAGAGAGGCUCAAGCUUUCCUCGGGGUGCUUUUCACCAAGGAGCCACACCUGGAUGAGCAGAGAGCUGUGAAAUACCUUUGGCUUGCAGCCAACAAUGGGGACUCACAGAGCAGGUACCACUUGGGAAUUUGCUAUGAGAAGGGCCUUGGUGUGCAGAGGAAUCUGGGAGAGGCUGUGAGAUGUUACCAGCAGUCAGCGGCUCUGGGCAAUGAACCAGCUCGGGAAAGGUUGCAGACCCUCUUUUCCAUGGAGGCAGUGGGUAAAGCCCUGGGGCCCAGCGACUUGGCAGUUACAGGAUUGAAGUCCUUCUCCAGCCCCUCCCUCUGCAGCCUCAACAGUCUGCUGGUGGGAGCCUCACGCCUCCCACACGCCUCGAGCACAGGGAACCUUGGCCUCCUCUGUAGAAGUGGGCAUCUUGGAGCCAGCCCCGGGGGGGCUCUCCACCCGCACAACUACCCCUUGGAAAGGAGUCUCGUCAGACUGGGUUUUGGCUAAGACCUUCUCACUUCAGCCCUAGAGACGGAGCCUGUGGCUUCUUAGAGAGCUACAACUUGAAUCCCAAAGCAGAGGCCAGUUAUCUACCCAGCUUUCCAAAGAACCUUAAGCGUCUGCCCUAGCACAGUAAAGAAGAAGAAAGUGUGUAAAGACCCAGGUCCUGGCCCUGUGAUUUGCCUGGCUGUGCCACCUUAAGAAGCAGUGACCUGACUGACUACAUUGUUUUCUCAGUUGUAGACCAAAGGCACUGGUGUCUGCCCUUCAGCCCUGCAGAGCUCAUGGGGGGCAUUCCACUGCAGACAGGGCCUCAGUGCUCAUUUAGGCCCAAGGAGGCAGACUGAGCCAGGAGAUGACCAGGCCCCCUGACUCCUGGCCCAGUGCUCUGUUUCACCAGUUCACACUAGCUUUACGUGUGUUACUGUCAUGCUGCCAGUGUGAGGGAGUAAGUGGAGCCUUGGAGCCGGAAAGGGUAGAUUUCAAGAUCCUUGUUUGUGAAGGGUGUGCCAGAAAUGGAUGGGAGUUUAAUAAAAUAGAUACUGGAUUAUCUCA